AUGGAGAGCGCCCGGCUUCUCGCUCUCCUGAGCGCCACCUUCGUGCUGCUUCUCGGGGCCCGCGGCCAGGAGGAGCCGGAGCUGCAGCCUCGCGCCCUGGACCUUUACCCCACCAUGGAGGACACGUCCCACGAGAAAGAGCUGAUCGAGGCGCUGCAGGAAGUCCUGGAGAAGCUGAAAAGUAAAAGGAUCCCAGUUUACGAGAAGAAGUUCGGCCAAGUCCCCAUGUGUGAUGCUGGCGAGCAGUGUGCAGUGAGGAAAGGAGCUAGAAUUGGGAAGCUCUGCGACUGUCCAAGAGGAACUUCUUGUAACUCUUUUCUUUUGAAAUGCUUAUAA